CUGAGCAGCAUGCGCAGCGAAGUCAGCUAACCAUGAACAAGACCGGCAAGCGAAGCUACCAAAGAGCUUGUAAAGUUGCCCUGGCGAAGGGAGCAGCACUUUACAAAGGCCGACUUCUGACCGCUCAGGCUCUAGGAGCCCAUGAAGACCAAUUUGCAGUCUCUGAGAAGCCAGAGAAGCAAUCUUUUCAGCCGAUCAGACAGUAUCACCACAAAUUUGAAAUUGAGGUUUUAUCUUGGAACGCAGGUUCAAUAACGAGUCGAGUUUGGAAUGAGCUUCUGGCCAUUUUGGCAACACCAGAAUAUCAGAACAUCAAGCUUGUGCUGCUGCAAGAAUCCCACUGGCAGCAGGACCAAACCUACAGCUCAGGUCCAUGGUCAGUCCUCACCUGUGGCUCUGAGAGUAGACAUAAAGCCGGCCUCGUUGUCCUUGUGCAUCGAUCCGUGGCCCAGCUCUCAGAGAUUCGCAGCACCACCAUAAUUCCAGGGCACCUGCAGCAUGUCAUGAUUCCUUGGCAGAGGUCUAGGAUCCAUCUACUCAAUCUGUAUCAGCAUGUUUGGGACUCCAAACUCUCCAAGUUGGACAAUAGACGACGGAGGAAGGAUGUGCUGAGUCAACUUGAGACUCGCCUUCGCAGAGUGCCUUUGAGAGACUUUAUGCUUGUUGCCGGUGAUUUCAACUCACAUGCAGUCACAGAGCGUCCUUUCAUUGGGCCCAGUGUGCCUCGCCGAGCCAGAUUUGCCAAUGCAGAUGUUAGAUCGCUCCCAGAACUGUGCAGAUCUUGUGGGCUGACAGCGCUCAACACAUGGGCCUCCAGCCAUAAAAGCACUUAUGCAAACAGCGAUGGCACAUAUGAGUCUCAAAUUGAUUUUCUGCUAGUUCGACUGCAGGAUGCCCGGAGGCGGUCGAAGGAGGCUUCCUCCGAUAAGAAUUUUCCAGUUGCAGCGUACCGGGAUGGCUCCAAGCACUUCCCGGUCAGAGCCAAACUGUUUGUUCCUCCAUACAGUCCUCCCCCAAGCAAACCAAAGCCCUUUGAUGCCACUGCACUUGAUGCCAGCUUUAGACGAAAAGAUGAAGACUGGCAGGCUUAUUCCAAGCACCUAACAGCUGAAGUAGUCAAGAGUGUGGCUGAGCAGAACUCUUGGCAAUCGAUCGACAGGACGAUGGUUCGAGUCACUGCUGAGCAAUUUCCACCGCCUCGCAAGGCUCAGCCAGUUGCAGGGCCCAUUCAGCAGGCUUACUGGACAAAGGUGCGCCAAAUUCAGGAGCACAAGCGAUCCGGUAAUGGGCAGUCUCCUGAGUGCCAACAGCUAAUCAGCGACAUAAAGACAGAGGCCCAAUCUUUCAAAAAGUUGCAGAAGCAAAGAAAACUUGAAAAGCAGGAGAGGCUCCUUCUUCAAGCCCAAGAGGACAAGAGACAGCAGUCUCACAAACUGUCCCAAGCCCUUAGAAAGCUGGCCCCAUGGAAACCUGCUCAAAGGGUCAAUCUCAGGGAUUCAGCAGGUGAGCCCCUAGAUGCGAAGGCCUCGGCAAGUGCGAUGCGAGAGUAUUCGAGUCACAUCUUCUCCAAGGGAUCUCCCCUGGAUCCGGUGGCAGCCAGACCACGAGAGGCUGUCAAUGCCUCGCAGGUGGCCGAGCAAAUAAAAACAAUUCCGGUGGGCAAGGCGGUUCCCAGCAUGUCGGCCCCGGUCUCGGCCUGGAAGAGCUUAGCGCCUGAGGCUCAUGUGAAGAUCGCUGAUCUGAUAAACACAGAGGUUUCUCAGUCAGAUAUCUCACCGUACUUGAAGGACCCCAGAAUUGCAUGGAUUCCAAAGCCGGGUAAGCCAGCUACAGCUAUGAAGAACUUGAGGCCCAUAGGAGUAAUAAGUGUUCCAGGCAAAGUGAUUGCAGGUGCUGUCAAGACUCGCAUAGCACCGGCACUGCAAGAGCGCUCACAGCUUGAGCCGCAGUUUGCAUAUAUUCGGAAGCGAGGGGUGCGAGAUGCCAUUGCAAAAGCGUGUCAGCAUCUGGAUCUCGUGCAGGAAAUGCGCCAAGAGCAUCGCCGGGAUAUGCACAAGGCACAGCAAGGUCAGAGAAGGAUGGAGAAGAAGUGGGGGCCUGGCAGCAGUCAGGCAAGAGAUAUACUCACUGUCUUCGCUGACGAUUUUCUCCAUCAGGAAACUUUUACAAGCUUUGCCGAACUGCAGCAGGUACUCACUCGGCUUGAAGCUUUGUUUCAAUCCCUCGAGGAAGUCGGCCUUGAAGUCAAUCCAGCGAAAUCCAAGGCACUGCUCAUGGUGCAAGGCACUCAGCAAUCCCUCUUCCGCAAGCAAUACACCAAACGAUUAAAAAAUCAGCUCCAUUUGGUUCUUCCCUCGGGGCAUCAGAUUCCGAUUCAUCAUCAGCUGACCUAUCUAGGAGUGCAACUAAGCUAUGGUGCUUACAAGGAUCAAACAGUAGACUACAGGAUUUCUCAAGCCCAAGGCAAAUUUGAGCUCCUUAGGAGUAUCUUGUGCACGACGAAGGCCCUUGACGAGGCGAAGAAACUAGAGAUCUGGCGAGUGUAUGUCGAGUCUUCGCUCUUGCAUGGCAUAGUCUCCACGGGAAUCACCCACACGGGACUGCAAAAGCUCCAGAGCAAAUAUUCUCGGAUGCUCAGAUCUAUCUUUCAGCAGCAUCAGCAUUUUAGUCGAAUGGAAACCACAGAGCUGUUUGAGCACCACAAGAUCCAAACUCCUCAGGAAGUUCUUCUCAGGCAAAUGAGGAACUAUCAGGAUGCGAUGGAUGCUGCCAAGCCAACAGGCAACUUACAAACGAUCCAAGAGUACCUGGGUCUACGCAGCCGGCUGAUUAGCCAACAGCAGCUACUUCAAUCCAUGCAAUUGGCUCUGGCCGAAGAAGAUCAUGCAGAGCGGAGAGCACAGCCUUGCUGCUCCAACCAAGUGUUCAGGAUCAAUUGA